AUGGCAAGUAACAGAGAAGAAAGCGCCACCUUGUUGUCGGCGGCCUACAGAGCGGCAACCUCGUCAUCAAAGGCUCUGCCGCCGCAUGAUAUGGAAACCCUUGGCCGUUUUUGGAAGGAGGCAAGAAACAGGCCGGUGGAUAUACGAGGAAACACCAUCCUCCAUUUCCUUGCGGUCUAUGGAAACGUGGGUGCGCUUAGAGCGUUGAUUCAAGAAUGUGUGGUUAGCAUCGAAGAGCUUGGGAUGAUGAACAACGAUGGGGACACGCCGUUGCAUAAGGCGGCGAGGUUUGGGCAAAAGGAGGCGGUGCAUAUCAUGUUAUCUGCGGACAUGAAUCUUGCCUGUGCUGCAAACAUCUUAGGAGAAACUCCUCUUUAUGUUUCGGCGGCUGCCGGUGAAGAACAAGUGUUUUCCAUAUUGCUAUCAGCAACAGUAGCAACAUAUGAUCCGGAGCACUCCACUUUGAAGAGAGAGGAUGGUUGUACGAUUCUCCAUGCAGCCGUAAUGAAUGAACAUUAUGAUCUGGCAAUGGAGAUACUGAGCAAGUUUCCUAAGCUUGCUUGUAAGCCAAAUGGAAGGGGCAUGACUGCCCUCAAUGUGUUGGCUACGCAUCACCAUUCAUUCAGGAGUGCAUCUCCCUUCAGCUUCCAAGUUCUGGGCACCAUGCCACUCUUCUUUUGGCAGCUUUUUGAAACCAUAAUCUAUUGCUGUAAGUACUUUACUUUUAUGCUGAGAGUUACAUCUAAUGUAACAAUUAGAUCCAAUGCGGUGACCUCCUAG